GAACAAGAGCGCAAGAGAAGAUUGAAUAUUGAGCAAAUUGAAACUAGUAUACCUUCUCCAAAAACUGCAAGUCUGGAACGUUACAGUGUAUAUAUCAUACAUGUUACAGAAUUUUGAUACACUGUCAAGUUUUUAUAGUUUCCACACUGCGAGACUAAGAUGGUGUAAUCACUUUGGGUCUCAGCGAGCAAUAGAAAAUGCUGUCAAUAUUUUGAUCAAUGGAUCAAAAAAAUAUAAUAAAAAUAGAAGAACACAAGAAGGAAUAGACGGAAGAGAAAAAAAGACUUCGGCUAGAUACCAGAGCAGCCAAUUCGAUUCCCGUCAUACAAAAAUUGGGAAGAAAAAAUUAAGAAACUAUAAAGAGAAAUUUGAGGAAGGUGACCGCAAAAAAAUGCCUAUAGUUGUAUUUGGCGAUGGUUUAAAAAACAAGUCUCAAGUGGAAUUCAAAGGUUUAAGACAUGAUGUUGUUGAAAAACUAUACCGACAGUUAAAGUUAAGAGAAAAGUUCGGUAAGCUAUUACUUCUGGAUAUUGAUGAAUUUAACACAUCAAAGGCUUGCAACAUUUGCUUACAAAAAUCUGUUGAAAAUAUCAAGCAUGGCGAACAAUGGGAACGAUCGCCUUACUGUCUUCACACGACAAAGCGCUACCUCCAAUGUGGUGGCUGCACCUUUACCGGAGCAUCCUCGCUGUCUUCAGUUCUUCUUGAAGAACGUGUUUAUGCAUCUAUCAAUUUAUCACUUCUGACUCGGUCCUUGAUUGGAAACCCAGAUAAAGAUAUACAGUCCCAGUUUCGAAAGAAGAUAUUUAAGCGAUUUAAGAGUACAACUACCUCUCAAAAGUGA